CCCAUGGGACUGCGCCGAUUUUGAUGAAAUUUCAUUUAGGGGGGAAAGAUGGAAAACAAACAAAAGCAUUUCAAUACGACUGCAGCUUUGACUUUUUUGGGAGGGAACAUUUUGAUUUUUCAUUUCUUUGUGAAAGAUUUUGAUCUGUUUUGUAUUAAAAUUGUGUAAAAAAAAUCAAAAUCAAACCCAAAUGCUUUGAUUGACCCACAACGAAUAUUUCCCCCCAAAUACCCAUCUAGCAGGAAGUGUUGACUUUAAUGAUUUGCAUCUGGAUUUGUAAAGAAACACAAAGUCACCAAUUUUCCCAUGAAUUUGCAAUUCCCAUUCCCGCACAGCCCUACCUCUCUUUCUUUUGGGAAGCUGUGAUCACUUCUAUCCCGUAAUGAGCCCUCUUAAAACAAGGACGUUUAUUAGCAAAUAGAACAAGGCAGCAGAGAAACAGAUUUCCAAACAACACAGAGCCGACUCGGACGCUUCUAUGCAUCUGCAAUACAUUUCGCUCCAAGCUAAGGGCUUGGCUAUGUAGAGACAUGAACACUUGCUUUGCAGUGGGAGGAGAUCAACGUGCAAGAGGAAACUUUUAGUGCGCAGUAGUAAGGGCCUGCGACAGCUAGUGCACUAAGGGCUCCUAAGCUAGACGGGCUUCCCGACUCCCUGUCCCUUGCCAAACUCAAGAGCUCUUGGUCUCAGUUUCCUUCCCAGGGAACGCGUGUUCCAACCUGUGUGUCUUUGUCAAGGAAACAUUUUGGUGGGGAAGGUCCAGGUUGGAUAUUAAGAAACACUAUUUCCCUAGGAAGGUGGUGAAGCACUGGAAUGGGUUACUAGGGAGGUGGAGGAAUCUCCUUCCUUAGAGGUUUUUAAGGUCAGGCUUGACAGAGCCCUGGCUGGGAUGAUUUAGUUGGGGAUUGGUCCUGCUUUGAGCAGGGGGUUGGACUAGACCUCCUGAGGUCCCUUCCAACCCUGAUAUUCUAUGGUUCUAUGAUUCUAAGAAACUCUAUUUAUUAAAGUGCCACCUGUCUGCGUCUGGGCCCGGUUACCACCUUGCUCACUGGCUUUUGUUACAAGCCCGAGGUGUGACGUCUUCCACAUGCCCAGUGUUGGCACAAUGAGCUCUUUAAUCUAGGUCAAGGUGUCUGUCCCGCCUGGCAUAAGGGGGGGCCUUAAGUUGGUCAGGGUCUGUGCAGCACCCGACGUGAUGGCAGUGUCACAAAGUUCCCAGGUGAAGCUCUGGAGCUGCUCCCCACCAAGCCAAUCAGGACUUUGGGGAGCCUCCUCUCCCUUGGAGCAGACUGUUUUCAGGACAAGAAGCUCACACGUCUUCACCUUCCUGGGUCUCUCCUUGGAGCAUUCAGCAUCCUUUGCCCCUCUGUGUGCUUCCCACAGUGAGUCCCCCCCAGACGUGGUCCUGGGGCAGCCACAGGGUCCUGCAUCCCCACUUCGCAGUCAGACGUGACUCUCAGCCAGCCAGUAACACAGAGGUUUAUUAGAUGACAGGAACAGGGUCUAACACAGAGCUUGUAGGUACAGAGAACGGGACCCCUCAGCCAGGUCCAUUCUGGGGCCCAGCGAGGCAGACGACCCCAUCUGCCCUCACUUCCCAUCCCCAGCCAGCCCAAACUGAAACCCCCUCCAGCCCCUCCUUCUCUGCUGAGUUCCUUUCCUGGGCCAGGACGCCACUUGACCUCUUUGUUCUCCCACACCUUCAGCAUCCUCUUGCAGGGGGAAAGAGCCUGGGCCAUUAGUUGCCAGGAGACAGAGUGUCGGCCAGAAACUGAGGCCCUCACACAGUAUUCAGAGGAAACAUUAAGAACAGUCCCACUUCAUCACAGGGGGUCCCAGAGAUGAUAUCUUCUCUGGACUCUCCAGUUUGUCCCCAUCUUUCCUACAGCGCAGUGCCAAGGGUGGACCCAGUUCUCCAGCUGGAGCCUCUCCAGUGCCGAGCAGAGCGGGACAAUGACCUCCCGUGUCUGACCCCCGACACCUCAGUGAGUGCAUCCUAGAUGCUACUGCAGCAUGGCUUUGUCACUCAGGUUCAAUCUGUGACCCUCUUUGACCCCCAGUUCCUUCCCAGCCAUACAGCAAUUCCUCUGUUUAUAGCUGUGCAUCAGGUUCGCCCUUUCUAAGUGAUGUUCUUUGUUCUUGUCGUGACGGAAUUUCCUCCUGUUGAUUUCGGACCGAUUCUCCAACUUGUCCAGGUUGUUUCGAACUCUCAGCCUGCCCUUAAAAGUGCUUGCAACCCCUCCCAGUGUGGAGUUAGCUGCGGAUCUUAGAGACGUGCUCCCCACUCCGUUAUCUGAAUCAUUACUAAAUAUAUGGAAGAGUAGCGGCCCCAGGACUGGCCCCGGGACCCCACUAGACGCCCUCCCAGUUUGACCAUUACUAGCUACUCUUUGAGGAGGGUCUUCCAACCAGGUGUGCAUCCACCUAGUGCUGAUUUCUCUGAGCCCUCAUUUCCCUGGCUUGCUCAUGGGAAUGUCAAAAACCAAAUGAAAAUCAAGCUCUAUCCCAUCUUAGCAUCUCCCCUGUGCGUUAGGCCAGGAAUGCUGUCCAUCUUCAGAAACACCCAGCCCCACACCUCCCAUGGGGCUGCCCAGGGCGUCAGCUGCUCCCCACACAUUUCAGUCAUUAUUUUGAUUCCCUUAGUUACGCCGCCAGUGCCGAGCAGUAACCAGGAUCUUGAGGUUUUGCUGCUGCAUCUUAUUUCUCUCGCCACUUCUGUUCUCUAUCUGAACCAGCCUUUGGUUCUGCUAUAAAGGAAGGAAGGGUGGGGGCUGUGGCCAUAGCUGGUGACUGAGACUUCAGAGAGGGAAGAGCCUGGGUCCGCUGAAGCCCACGAUAACCAAAGGCCCUGCUCUGUGCCGAUCACAACCCUGUGCUCUCCUCCGUCAUGACGAAAACGCUCGCCACCCUCUGCAUCCUCAGUGCUCUCCAAGUGACUGUGGCAGCUCAGAACGAAACGGGGAUGCCUCUGGCCUGUUUCUAUUGCAAAUCUGGACAAAGCUGUCACACCAUCCCCCAGACCUGCUUCUCGCCCCAGGACUCUUGCAUCAUCGUUCAAGAACACAACACGCUCGGUGCGGAGAAUUCAGGCAUGUACCAGUCCUGCGCUGACUCCCGCCAGAGCCUCACGGGCUUCCUGGCUUUUUACUUUGGGGACAAGGUGGCUGUGGAGAUCCGGUCAGAAAUUUGCAAGAGCGGCGACUGCAGUGCCGAGUCCACGCCCUCCCGGCUGGCUAUCAGCAGCGUCCGCAAUGGGCUGCAGUGCCCGGCUUGCUACGCCCCAGGCUCCGAGAGCUGCGAGAGCGAUGGGAAUCUGCUCUGCAUGGGAGGGGCAAACCAAUGUGCUGUCGUUGUCGGGACGCUGGCGCAAGAUGGUGUCGCGAUCCCGUUUGCAGCCCGGGGCUGCGCUACCCGGGCGGCCUGUGAAAUCAAGACACUGGAAUCGGGGGUGUUCACCUACAAACUGACCAAAACCCAGUGCAGCCCAGCGCCCAAAGCGCAGACCAGCAGCGCCUCCCGGACUCCGGGCUGGGGUCCCUUCAUCCUGAGCAGCAUCAUCCCCCGUGUCCCCCUUUUCCUCCCUGCCCUUCUGGGGCUAUUCCUCUGUUGAUGCCCCAUCUGCAAGACUGGCUGCCAUUGGUGUCUCAGUAUAACCAAUGUGCUCUGCCCUUCCCCAUGCCUGACUGUGCCUCAGUUUCCCCCCUCUGUAAGUGGGAUAACAUUGGUGAGCUUCCCUUGCAAAGGUCUUUGGGAUCCCUGGAUGGGCAGGGGCUUGAGACAGAGUCCGAUGCAGCCAAGAGGAGACUCUCUGCUAAUUCCACUGGAGUUUGGAGCAAAGUGCUGUGUAUUAUUAAUAUCCCCUCACAGCUUCUCCUCCAGCCUUUCAAAGAUCCCUGGGAGAGAACAGAACCCUGGACUCCUGACUUGCAGCCCCCCCUGCUCUAACCACUAGACCCCACUCGCCUCCCAGAGUCAGGGAGAGAACCCAGGAGUCUUGGCUCUCAGCUCCCCAGAGACUCCAGAAAUGGUCCGAGUCCCCCUGUGCGUUUCAAACUGCUCUGAAUAAAGCACAGAGAUGCAAUCACCCAAGAGUGUCCGUGCAUGCGCGUGUGUUUGUGUGUACCAGAGCUGACCGUGUCUGCUCUGCUUUCGUGUGUCUCUACCAAACGCCAGGGCUUCAGGGAGCAACUCUGCCUCCAGAACUGACUCCAAUCAGAGGCUGCAGGGCACAACAAAUGCACCUGCUGUUUGCACACCUCCCUCCACACAAAACCCUUGCACAAUUCUCCCACCUCAGAACUAGCAGAACCCCAGCACAUCUCCCUGCGAGUCAAAACUUGCUCGCACAAUCAGAAAAAAGUCCUGCCCAGGCUAAGUGUAACAGUGCCAGCUGGUGACGCCUCGCCUGCCCUAACGAUAUUCUGGAGUUCCCCCUAUUCACUGUUUACGUGUUGUUAUGCUGAAGGUUGCUAAGGGCUGCCAAUGGGUGACUCUUGGAUGCACAGACAACCCCAGACCUCAUGAGAGCCGAUGGCUGUGGCAAGCACCUGCCUUCAGGCUCAGGGCAUGGAGCAAUUAAGCCCCUGUAAAUAGCAGAAAGAGCUAGGAAAAUGGAGGUGACCACCCAAGGCACAUGGCUGCUCAGAGCUGAGCCCCGUGGGCUGAGGGGAACCCAGGCACUAGUAGAUGGGCUGCAGCUGCCGUGCAUAGGAGGCAGGAAGCCAGGAGGAGCAGCGAGCAAGACUCUGGGAGAGAACAACCUGCAGAUAAUAUCAAGAGAAAGAGCAACAGCCAAGAGCCAAGUGCAAAGACAGUGUUGCCAAAGCUAUUGAUAUUUGGUGCCUGGCUUAGAGACCCUGCUCCAGAAGUCAUGGUAUUAGGUGAAAAUUUCAGUUUUAAUUAAAAAAAAUAAUAAAUUUCUAAUAGAUCUGCUUGAAAAUUUCCCAGUGGCUCAUUCCUCAGCCAGAGGCUGCUGUACAUGGAGUGUCUGCAAGACUAAUAAUGUCUUCGGAGGCUCCCAGGGAAUCUCUGUGUUUAUGUGGCCCAAUAUCAGUGAAUCCCAGCCAGCUACCACUACCGGCAAGUGGAUCAACGCACGUCUCCUUGACUGUGACCGGGGUCCCAGUGGGGGCCAGCUGCGGUCACUCAGUUAGUGAACUGCAGAGAAUGGGGCAGACUGUGAUGGGCUGAAUCACAGAAACCCUUUAGGGAAUUGCCACCUGAUGUGCUUUGACGACCUCGGAGUAUGUUUUCCCUGCCAGCUUGGAGCUUCAGUGCCCUGCCUGGAUUGAGCUGGACCCGCUAGCCUGCUGCAACACAGCCCCAGGUCUGAACCACGUCCCCCAACGGCUGCAGGCUUAACUGAAAGCAGCUUAAGAAGUGCUCCUGCCUCUAACACCCAGAUGCCCAACUCCCAGUGGGGGCCAAACCCCAAAUAAAUCCAUUUUACCCUGUAUAAAGCGUAUACAGGAUAAACUCAUAAAUUGUUCACCCUUGUAAGGAGGCGCCCCGGCUCCCCGCGAGCCUGAGAGGGACGAGCCAGAGCAGGUGACUCAGUGGGCGGAGCCACCGCCGCCUGUCCCCAC